AUGUCAAACAAAAUAUUGAUCAAAUGGAAGACCAAUGACAAGUGGAGCAACUGUCAGCAGAGAGUUAGCCGUAAGGAUAUCAAACCCUUGGAUGCCACAUUGGCGAAGGGGGAACAGGUUAAAGUCCUCUUUAACAGACGUUGGUUUGAUGCAGAAGUGUGUGAGGCAUGGCGCCCACCAGAAAAGAAAAAAGCCCAAGGUAAGGUUACCAUGAUUAUGUACACAUAGUUAAGGUUAUUGGGUAUUUUCAGGUGCGUCCUAAAUCUUGUAGCGGCUCCUGAUUGAUGCCGAGAUACCAUAAACCUUCUAAUUAUCCAGUCAAAGCUAGUAGAACUAGCUAUUCGAAUGUUUCAUCAUUUUUUUAAGAAAGUGAAUUCAGACUGAAUGCUACCCCGAGUCUAAACACAAAGCUAAAUUGUUUUUUAAAACUGAGCUAUAACUAAAUACGAUUUUUGAAUUUCCGGAAUUUGAUAUUUUUCUGAAAGUCUGGAACCCAGAAGUUAUGUGUUGGGGCUUUCCUUCAUUCGAUUCCGUUCAAUUAAGUUACAGAUAAUUUUCAAAUUCGCUAGGAAAAACACAAAGUGACCAUAUGUAAAUCGCGCUCAGUGAAAAGCGUUUUUAAAUUAUCAAAUUUCCCAACCCCAGCAUUUUUCUUGAAGAUAAGUUAAUCUAGCGACUGUCCAAAUUUCCUCUUGAUCGAAAUUCAACCAAUCUCCCUUAAGCUGUAACUGUUAAAAGUGUCCCCUUUAAGACAAAAAUAAACUUUUACAUCCGGUGGAAAUAUGUUAUAUUCCAACUUCUCGGUGACUAUUCAUUCAUUUUCAAUUAUGCUUUUUUUUCUUUUUGCUUGAAACAUCACAGUAAAGAGUUCAUUUUUUAUGGCAAAAAUACAUGUUUUCUGUUUGAAAAUGGGGCUUCACCAAAGUUUGCUUAACUGCACCUUUUGCUUUGCUGAAUGUGGACAGUGGUAUUGUUUUACGCAAACGUAUUUAUCAUGCUGCCUGAAUAACAAGGAAAUUGAUAUAGGAUUAUUCAGUUGUGCCGCGCAUUUGAGUUUUUCUUUUUCAGUAGUUAUGCUAUGACACUAAUGUUUGUCUGAUUGCACUGAAGAAUGUCUAAAAAUGCAAUAUCAUUGUACUUAUGCAAAUCUCAUUAGUUUAGUUCCUUACUAACAAAAUGACAAUUGACUGUCUAAUAUAAUUUUAUUUGGGCAAAAAUGAAAUUACAUUUCCUGCCAGCGUUCAUGGUGUUGAAUGUUAACACAUGAAAUUGUAGUUCGUGAAGGUUUCCUUGGGGCAAAAUGUGAAUGACACUAUGAUCAGUGAGACAGCCAUUGAUGCAAAUGACUGGGGAGUUUCUAUUAAUGAACAGCAAAAGGGGUAAUAACAAUUACUCCUAUUUUGCGUUUGCAGAUAAUCGCCCCAAGCAAAAUAAUGAUAGCAGUGACAAUGAUAAGCCACUGUCGAAUAUCCGAGCCCAGUCAGAGCCACCAGUUAUCCAACAGAAAUGGCAGAACGACAAGGCUACCUUAUUAGCCAAUGAAUAA